GGUGACUGCAAACUGCCCCGAAGGACGCUGAGAUCAGCAGCGCCGGCGCGGAGCGUGCGAGCGCCUGGGGCCUCCGGCAGAGGGACGCCGGUCGGCGCUGCAGGUGCAUCUUCGGUUGCAAGCUGUGACUUUGCAACUUCCCUCCGACUGAGUCGGGUUUAUUUUCGGCUCCGGUUCCUCGAAAAGGGCGUGAAAAUGUCCGUCCGCGACAACAUCCCCAUCUACUACCACACGAAAGAGAGCGGCUUCCAGUUCCUGGCAGUGGACUUCGUGCUCUACGGACAGCCCACGAAGUUCGUCAUCAACACGUCGUAUUCCUCGUCCGUCGUCACCGAGAACCAAGUGAAGAAAUGGGGAAUCAUGGACAAGGUCGCCCCUGACCCUGAGGACGAUACCAUCCUAGGCAUUCUCGGCAUCGACAUCGAAGAAUCCUACUGCUACCUAGAUGUCGACGUCGAGAAAGCACGCUGGAAUAUCCUGGGCUGCGACUUCCUCCAGUUCAACUGCUGCCGACUCGACCUGGACCCCCUGUACCCCACGCUGAAGAUCCGAGGUCCUUGCAACGAGGAAGUGAUGUCCACCGCGCCACAGCGGCCCGCCAUCAUCGCCGGCAAGAAAAUUGAUGUUCUUCUGGACACGAGUAAGGAUAGCUUCGUGACCUGCACCAGGAAGCACGCUGAGGACAUGCCUCUGGAGAUACCGGAAGACUUCUUCUUGUGGGAGGAUUACGACGACAUCUUGGUGUCAUCCUGCGGGCACGAGGCUCACGGGAUACUUUGCGUGGACGAUGGCGACGAGGCCUACCUGGGGCUCAAGUUCCUCCGCGGCGCCGUCUUCGAGUUUGAGCGCGACGGGAAUGUCAGCAUUUCUUUCCCGAAGGUGAAAGCGAAUGGCACCGAGUGAUCAGUGCUUUGUGUGUGUGCAGUGUGAUUCUACGAUCAGUGUAGUUUCAUAGGGAGGAUGUAGAGGAGAAGAGGAGGAGGAGGAGGA